CAUGCGCACACAAGGAAAUACGCCCAGAAACGUAAAUGAAGAAAAAGACACUCACGUUAGGCCUUCGAGCCGGGUGCCGCCAUGGAGGGAACCUCUCUCACGUCGGGAGCCGGGGAGACCCCCACCGCCGCCCGAAGGAGCCCGGAGAAGGAGAGAGAAAAAGGAGUCCUGUGUUCCCCGGAGAGGAGCAAUGGCAGCCCAUCUGCAUUUUGGCCCUCGCUGCUGGCACUGCUCCCAAAACAGGCUCUGACCCUUGAUCUGGGCCCCUCGGAGGAGGAAAAAGUGGACCCUGCUGUAACCUGGCUACUGGAGGAAGCGGCUGGGCUGCUCCAAGGGCCCCUCCAACCUGGGGACCCCAGUCUGGGGCGCCUCUUGUUCCUGAGUGGUGCAGCGUGCGACUUCUGCUGGGAGCGGCUGAAUGUAGGGCCCUGGAGGGAAGUGCAGGGGACCUGGCGCAGGGCCUUCGCCUGGGGCUGCCUCCUCCGCGCCCUGGGACUCUGCCGCCAGGACCCUCAGGGCGGACCCCGCCAGGCUCUGCGCCAGUGCGACUUGGGCCUGCUCCUGGGGGCUCCACUCCCAGGAGACGCCUUGCAGAGAGCGGUUGGCCUCCUCCAGCAGCACCUGCAGGGCCUUGAAGAGGACAAAGAGAAGAAGGAGGCGGAGGAGGAGGAGGACAGACCCCCUCCCAAGAAGAUCCAAAGGGACUUCUCUGUGAUCCCCUCCGUGAAGAGCGAGGCGUCCAUUCCGCACCUUCUCUGCCCAUCGCUGGAGCACUUCCGGGACCACCACCUGACCCCUCAGCAGCCUGUGGUUCUGGAGGGGGCCGUGAGCCACUGGCCCUGCAUGAAGAAGUGGAGUGUACCGUACCUGCAGCAGGUGGCUGGCAGUCGGACUGUCCCAGUGGAGUUGGGCUCCCGGUACACGGACCAGGAGUGGUCCCAGGCCCUCAUGACUGUCGGGGAGUUCAUCGACAGAUACAUCGAGAAUGAGUUCCCAAACCGCACUGGAUACCUGGCUCAGCACCAGCUUUUUGAACAGAUCCCGGAGCUGAAGGCGGACAUUGGGGUCCCCGACUACUGCUGCCUGGGCGAAGGAGACGAGGACGACAUCACCGUGAACGCCUGGUUUGGUCCGGCUGGCACCGUCUCCCCACUCCAUCAUGACCCGCAGCACAACUUCCUGGUCCAAGUUAUGGGCCAGAAGUACAUCCGCUUGUAUUCGCCCCAGCAGUCGGAGCGGCUGUACCCACACGAAGGCCACCUCCUCCACAACACAAGCCAGGUGGACGUGGAGGACCCCGACCUGGAGACAUUCCCCCGGUUCCAGGCCGCAGCCUUCCAGGAGGGCCUCCUGGGCCCCGGGCAGGUUCUCUUCAUCCCGGCUGGACACUGGCACUAUGUCCGGGCUUUGGACACCAGCUUCUCUGUCAGCUUCUGGUGGUCAUAGCUCCGACCUGGAGCAGAUGCAUGAGGAAAAGCAAAGGUACCAGCCAGAGGGGCUUGUUGCAGCCUUUUUUGUUGGGGAAUCUGAGCUGUUAGGCUCAAAAUAACCCUCAGUUGGGCGAUUCCACCAUAAAUAUAGCAAGUACCAGAAAUCACAACCAGCAAAAAAAAAAAAAAACUUUCAUGUUGUUCUGUCACACGCUGGGCCGGUCUAUUAUAUAGGACAUACGCUUUACGCCCAGCGGGAAGCCAGGGUGCCUAAAGAAAGGUUGUUGAGAAAUUUCCCUGAAGAUGGCCUUGAAGUCUUUAAAGAAAUAACAAAGUCUUUAUUGACGAACAAAUAAUAAAUCUUCAAGGAGUCUUGUCCCACAGGACAGGCAAUUGGCUUUGAAUAACUGUGAAAACCCUCUUAUAACCCCUCCCAGGCUAUCUAUUUUCUGGGCCUAGCUGGUCUGGGACCCACUGCCGACUCCAAGUGCGUCUGGUUGUCGAGUGGACCUACCAGCCAAGGCUUGCAGAUGUUUCUGUGCUGUUGUUCUGUAUCCCCGGACGGUCUUUAUCCCUGGUGUUCUUGAAAUAUGAAGCUUUUUACGGGACGAGCUGGUCUACGUCCUAUAGCUGAGCUUCCUAAGUGAGACUAACUUAAAAAUGGCUCCUUCCCUCCCAGAGCCCUGAACAAGGGGCGGAACCAAAUUUAAUGGUGAUUAACAGGUGGCCUGUCCUAUGAUUGCAAACAUUUGCAGCAAGAAAAUAAAGUUGAAGUUUCUGGUACAGCUGUACCAGCACACAUGUGAUGAGCUGAGACAAGCGUCUAUUUCUUAGGAUGGUUUAGGAUUGCAGAGUCGAAACUACGAAAAUAUUUAUUGAAAGACAGCCCUUUUUGGGUAAACAUGCAUAGGAAUGUGGGGGAAGGAGUCCCUCAACUUAGCCCUGUCUCUAGCCUAGAUACUCAUUGAGGACUGGAAACUUAAUGACACAAAAGACUUAUGCAGUUCAGGGAUGAAACCCAACGCUUUUUAGUGCUGCCAUUGGGAGGGCCUGGCAGAGAGCCAAGAGACGGGGUAUUGGAGGAGCCAGGGAGAAGAAGGUGUGGGGAACUGUUGCCCUUUGGGGAUUCAUCAGAACCUGAACUGGAAUAAAACCAACUAUGUUUCUAAGAAUCCUGCCUUCCAAAUUGAAAACUCCUCACAGCUGGUGGAGAUGAAAAGCAAGGUGGCUAACCAAGGAGAACCAAACCAGAUUUUUAUUUGAAAAUUUAUAAUAAACUGUUUUAUUUUAAACUUUACAAGAAGUUGUUUUAAUUCAAAAGUUAUAAAAAAGCCCACUAUUUCAAACUUAUUCCUUUUCAACAAACUUUACAACAACUGUAACUGCCCUGGCUAUUCCAACUGGGCCCUUUGAAGCCGUCUGAGGCUGGGGGUCUCCUCCUGCCCUCGUUGAGGCUCCCACUGGCGGCUGGGGUCCUGUGGGCUCAGCUCUGGGCUGGAAGCAGAGAGAAAGACAGAGACAUGGGGUCAUUUGGGGGAACCUUUGCGGCAGUCAGUACUGCCCCUUUUGCCGCCAUCCAGGGCAUGAUAAUUUAUUUAUUUAUUUACAGCAUUUAUAUUCUGCCCUUCUCACCCCGAAGGGGACUCAGGGCGGAUCACAUUGCACACAUAAAGGUAAACAUCCAAUGCCAUAACAUAGAACAGAGACAAGACGCAGGCACGGGCUGGCCUCGCACUCAUGACCUCUUGGUCAGAGUGAUUUGUUGCAGCUGGCUUGCUUUCCAGGCUGCGCCACAGCCCGGCCCAGGGGGAAGCUUGGUUCUUUGGGCAAAGAGAAGCAUCAUCCAAGGAGGGUGAGGGUUAAGCCAGGAAAAGAAGUGGGGCAGAAGGGAGAAAAGGGCCUUUGGGAGCAAAGGUGCUCCUGAGAAGUGCUAUAGAUUUGCUCCAAGACUACAGAGACUUUGAUUUUUUUUUUUUACUCCAAGCCAGGUUUGAGCCAAUUGAUUUGUACACUGAUAUACAGUAGAGUCUCACUUAUCCAACAUAAACGGGCCGGCAGAAUGUUGGAUAAGCGAAUACAUUGGAUAACAAGGAGAGAUUAAGGAAAAGCCUAUUAAACAUCAAAUUUGGUUAUGAUUUUACAAAUUAAGCACCAAAACAUCAUGUUAUACAACAAAUUUGACAGAAAAGGUAGUUCUAUAGGCAGUAAUGUUACGUAGUAAUUACUGUAUUUACGAAUUUAGCACCAAAAUAUCAUGAUGUAUUGAAACAUUGACUACAAAAAUGCGUUGGAUAAUCCAGAACGUUGGAUAAGCGAAUGUUGGAUAAGUGAGACUACUGUAUUUAGUUUCACAGCAUAUUACAUACCAUUUUGGAGAGACUGAAUGUACACAUACUGUGUCGCUAACAAAUUUUAGUUGGAGUCUGGUUGAUAUAUGUCUGAUAUAUGUUUUAUACUGAAAACUGCUGUGUAGCAUUUAAAUCUGGAUGAUUGCAGUCUAUAAAUCUUUAUACUCUGUAGGUUACUACUUUAAGUUACGACUGUGUGCCACUACAGCUGACUGAAUUUGGUCAUCAGUUGUAUUAUUAUUUGUAUUAUUGUUAACAUUAUUAUGUAUACGAUGCUCUAAUAUACAUAUUGUGUUCUAUGCUUUGAACCUUUAUUGCGGUGCAUAUUUCUCAGCUAUUAUAUAGCAAAGGUGCUCUCACCUGGCACCCGGUGAGGCCAGAAUUGCUUGCAGUGUGGACAGCGGGGCUCGGCCUGUGUGCGGAAGUACCUGGCCAGGCAGUGUAGGUGCACUGCGGUCCCACAAUCCUCACAGAUCUGGCUCUGAAGGACAGAAGAGCAACUGGUGGGUUUAGCAGCUUCUGGGAGAGAAGAAGCCCCCCCCCCAAAUCUCCUGCCUAUUUACCUGGAUGCAGAGACUGUGGCAGAAGUGGCACUUGUGGGCCAUGUCCGGGUAAUGGCGGAAGAUGUACUGCUCCAGCUCCAAGAUGCUGCGGAUCGAGAGCGUGUACUCCCCCUCCUUCUGCAGCCGCAAGGAAGGAAAGAUAAGAUUGUUGGGGAAUCUGAGCUGUUAGGCUCAAAAAUAACCCUCAGUUGGGGUGAUUCCACCUUAAAUAUAGCAGAGCACCAGAAGUAAACUUUAUAACCAGCAGAAACGUACAUGUGAUGAGUUGGGAUAAGCUUGUAUUCCUUAUAAUAAUAAUAAUAACUUUAUUUUUAUACCCCGCCUCUAUCUCCCCAAAGGGGAUUCAGGGCGGCUUACAUGGGGCCAAGCCCAAAUAAAACAUGACAACAGACAAGAGACAUGCACAAUUAAAAAUGUAAACAUUAACCAAUAAAGUAAAUGACAAAAACUUAAUAAAAACAUGGAUUAAAAUGGAGAGGUUGUAAAAAUAGAUUGGAUAAAGUGCACCAUAUAAAUAUUGUAAACACGAAGUGCUGCAAAUUCUUGGAAGUGCAAAUUGGGAUGGGAAUAGACCCUGUGUCUAUAUCAAGUUGACAAAAGUAAAAAGUGCAAACCGGUACAAGAAUGGUCACGGAUACAGGAUUGUUAUGGGGAUGAGCAAUCUUCAUCCAAAGGCCUGAGUGAAGAGCCAGGUUUUCAAGCUCUUCCUUAGGAUGGCUUAGGAUUGCAGAGUCAGAACUUUAGGUCCAAAAAUAUUUAUUGAAGCAAAAGAAUUACAUUCUUGAUAGAAGUAGUCUUGGAACUAACUAGCCUACUAAAUAUGAUCUUCUAAACAGGUAAAAGGGUAAAAAGUCAAUGCAGAUACAUUUUGCCUGGAGAGAGUGAAAAUGUGCAUCCUCAUAGGUAGAAAGAAAAGCAGAAGACUGAAAAAUGCUGAAAGGCCACAUGGCCAGCCCAGGGCAAUAAAACUUAAAAAAGAAGUUCCCUCACAGAAUUCAAUUACUACUUCAUCAAAAGGGGGGUGGGGAGAGACAGUGGCUAGCAGGAAGAGGAAAAAUCAAGCCUUUUUUGGGGGGAAAACGUGCAUAGAAAUGUGGAUUUCAAUACUAAAGUCCUGGUAUGCUAGGGAGUUCCACGUGUUCCUUUCUCCCCUCCCAGAUUACUCUUUUGAGUAUUAUCCUGAAAGAUUCAGCAUCCCCAGGGGCCUGCUAUGUUGGCAUAGAUUUUGAAUGUCCAGUGGGUUUGUUACUGGUGGUAUUUAAUUGUUUUUCUUUUCUACUGGAGAAUCAAAAAGUCAGGUGCGAACGCAAUAAAUAAUAAUUAAAAAGCAAAAAAAUGAAUGUGGGGGAAGGAAUCCCUCAGCUUAGCUCUGUCUCUAGCCUAGCUACUCGCACAAUCUCUUCGUUCCUAGGGGGAGGCCCUUCUCUCGCUCCCACCUCCGUCACAAGUGUGGUUGGUAGGGACGAGGGAAAGGGCCUUCUCCGUAGUGCCCCCCCCCCCCCCCCGGUUCUGGAACUCGCUCCCCAGGGAAAUUAGGCAAGCUUCCACUCCGGACGUCUUCAGGAAGAGCCUGAAAAUGUGGCUCUUCAUUCAGGCUUUUGAAUAAGUACCUCCUAUUUGCAAUGAUAAACUUCCCGUACUAGUCUCAGGGUUCACCCCCCUUUUUAAGGUUUCUCCCCCAUGAACUUAAAGCACUUUAACUUCCACCAUGUUUACAAGUCUUACUUAGUGCACUUAUGCCCAGUCCAUUUUUAUGACUUUAUUGCUGUAUUUAAACCUGUGUUUUAUUAAUGGUUGUCAUUUUAUUUAUGUCUUUUUAAAUUUUUAUUUGCGGUGUUGUUCGGUUCCUGAUGUUAUUGUACUUUUGUUCUGCAUUUGUAAGCCGCCAGAGUCCCCAUGGGGAGAUGGAGGCGGGGUACAAGAAUAAAAUUAUUAUUAUUAAAAAUUAUUAUAGCUA